AACAACAAGAAGUUAACGGGACGGCUUGUCGUCAUGGUAACCAGUACACAGCAGCCAGGUAGCCUCCUUUAAGCGUGUGCUUCUUUUGCUUAUCACCGUUUGAAAAGUUUGGCUGCUUUUACCUUUAUCGACAAAAAUAGAUUUGAAAAGUUACAUAUUUUGGUUUAAGCUUUUUAAACAAGGGUCCUGCCGGGAUGCCCGUGUAUAACAAUAAGGCGGCUGCUCAUGGCAGAAAGGCCUCCAAUGUUCACAAGGUGCCUGGUGCGAAGUUACCUAAAGCUCCAAUAAAGAAAAAGGAUGAAGAAGAAGCCGUGGAUGUGCCUGAUGGAUUGGAUGAGUGGUCCCAUUUGAAAGCCACUGUGAAGCCUUCAAAUCAACUGGAGCUCUCUGAGGCUGAGCUGAAAGAGGAAAUUACAAGAAUUCUGACUGCAAACAACCCACAUGCUCCCCAAAAUAUUGUUCGCUACAGCUUCAAGGAACGUUCCUAUAAGCCAACGAGUGUUGUGGAUCACUUGGCUGUUCACUUUGUGUUAGAGGGGAGCCUUUUGCAUAAAGACUCAGAUGAAGCUCGAAGACUUAGAAUCAGAGAUGGUCUUCCUAAAGAGGAUGCACCAAUGGAGAAUGAAGCAGAAUCAGACGAGAAUCACAUUGAAACCCCGGCUACACCUGUGGAGGAUGGGGGAGAAGGUGAAGAAGCUGGAGAGGAGGACAGACCAGACAGUGUUGCCUCAAAACCUGACAAGAAAGAGGCAAAAUGUACAAAUCAAUUCAACUUCAGUGAAAGGGCAUCACAGACUCACAAUAAUCCUUCAAGGGAUAGAAGCUGCCAGACUGAACCUCCUCCACGCAUCACCUUUUCUGUCGCUGCUAAUCAGUGGGAAAUCUAUGAUGCAUACAUGGAGGAACUGCAGAAGCAAGAAAAAAACAAGGAGAAGAAGAAAACCACAUUAUUGAAAAAAAAUAACAAGACAAGCAAGAAGAAGAUGACUCUCAUGGAGACCCAGAGUGAUAACAUCGCGAAGGUGGGCAAGGUGUCCAAGAUCAUUGAACGAAUGAUCAACCAAAACACAAUGGAUGACAUAGCACAAGAUUUUAAGUACUAUGAGGAUCCCUCCGAUGAGUACAGAGACCAGGAGGGCACUCUUCUGCCUUUGUGGACCUUUCAGUAUGGAAUCGCCAGAAAUUUGUCUGUCACUGCCCUCUGCUGGAAUAACAAAUACCAGGACCUGUUUGCUGUGGGAUUGGGAUCGUAUAACUUUAGUAAACAAGAGGGUGGCAUGUUUCUCCUUUACUCAUUGAAGAACUCAGCUUUCCCAGAGUGCAUCUACUACACAACGCUUGGGGUCCAGUGCCUUGACAUCCAUCCACAACACUCGUAUUUGGUGGCAGUGGGCUUCUACGAUGGCUGUGUGGCUGUCUACAACUUGAAGGAGAAAGAACCGCACCCUGUUUACAAGAGUACCGCAAAGACUGGCAAGCACACAGAUCCUGUCUGGCAGGUGCGCUGGCAGAAUGAUGAUAUGGACAACCACCACAUUUUUUAUUCUGUGUCAUCUGAUGGCAGAGUUGUGUCCUGGACACUGGUCAAGAAUGAGCUAAUCUCUACAGACGUUAUCAGAUUGUCGGUGAAUGGCGCUGUCACUGAUGGACCAAAUAGUGCACAGCUGUCCAGCAUUUCUCAUGGUACAUCGUUCGACUUCCAUAAACAGAUUGAUAAUCUGUUCCUAGUUGGCACGGAAGAAGGGAAAAUUCAUAAGUGCUCCAAGACUUAUUCCAGUCAGUUCCUGGAGACGUACGAUGCCCACAGCAUGCCUGUAGAUGCUGUAAAGUGGAACCACUUCCAUCCCAAAAUUUUUAUUUCUUGCAGCUCAGACUGGACUGUGAAGAUCUGGGACCACACCAUCAGCACUCCAAUGUUCACCUUUGACCUUAAUGCAGCUGUCGGGGAUGUUUCCUGGUCUCCUUACUCUUCCACUGUCUUUGCUGCUGUGACAACAGAUAGAAAGGUUCAUGUCUUUGACCUCAGUAUAAACAAACAUGAGGCUAUCUGCCAGCAGACAGUGGUGGCCAGAAAGAAGACCAGGCUGACUCACAUUGAAUUUAAUCCCAUCUCUCCCAUCAUCAUUGUGGGUGACGACCAAGGCAAUGUGACCAGCCUCAAAAUCUCUCCAAACCUCCGCAAGAAACCCAAGAGCAAGAAGGGCCAUGAGCUGCCCAAGGGUUCAGAAGCAGAAGUAGCAAAGAUGGAUAAGCUGCUCAGCCUGCUGAGAGAACCAGAGCUAAGUACAAUUUAAUGCCGCCAGUGUGGCUUCUCAUACUGGUGCGGUCUUUGCUUUUGGCUAAAACGAGCCUAGUUCUGUUGGAUCAGUGUUUGCAGCAAAUAGCAUUGACAUGGCACAAACUCUGUAUGUUUAAUAAAAUGUUAUCUUGGAGUCUAACUUAAUGAUACACAAAUAAGAGUGUUCUGAAUGCCCAGAAUUUUAAUCUGUUAAUUUUUUUUUUUUUUUGUACAUGUUUGAUUAAUUCAAUGGACACAAGUACCCUCAGAGAAAGUUGGAAGAGGAAUGUUUGUUACUUUGUUAUAGGUUUUCAGUUAUAUCAGUUGAAUUGUUCAGGAACUGAAGACAAUUGUUGCUGUUUUGCAAAAUGAUUCUCGGUCCAGUUUGAAUGAAUGCAAAAUCCCAAGGUUGUUUUCUCACUCUCCUCUUCAUUAAUCAUCAUACAUUCUUCAAUAGGAAAAAAGAUUUUGUGUCUGGGAAACAACCUUGUUGUAAGUCAGCGACAGUCCUGUGAUUGUCUUGGAGCUACCACCAACUCCCUGACGAAGACAUCACAUUGAUAUGUCUCCAAAAUGUCGUUGUAUGUUUAUUCAUUAAUUGUAUCUUCACAUGUUUCAUUAAAAGAAAAGUCAGGU